AACACUCCUUAGCACAUAGAAUGGAAAGAGCAAUAUAGCAUCCAAAAUGCAACUACCACGAAGGACUGCAAAUGUUCAUCGUCACGAGCUGGAAGAGCUGUUUGCUUUGCUUUACCCUUCAGGCGCACAUGCGAUCGCAAUUGAUGAUGGAUAUCACAAACAGCGAAGACAAGGAAUUGAACGAUGCAAGGUUUGGCUGAACAGAGGAGCAUGUCCACAUGCAGUAGAGAGCACGAUGGGAUUGAUCGAAGCACAACAAUUGGAUGAACGACUGUUGAUGCCUUCAUUCACGCAAGAUUUCUCGCUUCAACAACAAGAUUGGCAAUGGUGCGUUCGUAGUACGUAUUCAAUGGCACUUUUGCGAUUCGUCAAUGCAUUGGCAGAUUCUAUGCAAACGGGAUUAUAUGCUCAAUCCAUAUUCAUGAUCGCAGAAAAGAUCGGAUUGCCACUUUGGUUCGUGGAGAUUCGACAUGCGGCCACUCAUGAAGAAAUGCCAAGUUUGCAUGUCUUACGUCAAGCAAGCGUUGAUGCUCUAGGAUGGCUGCAGAAUCAAUUUUGGCUGCCAAACAUUCAACAGCAAUCAGUACGAAGUGAGUCGAUGCAACAGGGUACAAGCACUGCCGAAUACGAUGGCAACAUCUUAGAUUUGGAUGACGAACAAAAGAAGAUCACACAAGCAACAGCUGAAGAAUUACGACAACAUUUAGCAGCAUAUCGUAAACUUGCCAAACAGAUUGCUAACGAUGCUUCUUUGAGAGGUCCAAGCAAGGCUACCAUACUCUCAAUUCAGACCCGGAUGGUGAAAUGCAUACGCAAGGCAGAUGAAGUGCUGAUCAAGCAACGCAAGAGCCUGCUUCAAAACAAGGGAAGCAAUAGCAUAGAUGAGGCAAAGCUCAUUGCUCUGGGACAGCUGAAUGCAUGUGAUAUCCUGGCGGAUGUGCUUUUGGAACCGGGAGGCUUGAUCCCGUUGGCUUUACGCAAGAGACUAUGCUCAACAAGCAAAGGAAGAAUUCCAGCUAUGACUCCAAUCUUGGCGGAUACAUGGAUGCCUUUAUUAAAAUACUUCGUCGAAGAAGUGGAAAGCUUUGACGUUGCUUUGAUUGAUAACUUAAUCGAUUGUGUGACCCAACAAGAUCAACAGCGGCAACAGCAAGAUAGUACAGUGGAUGAAAACACGAAAGCUUUGCAAGAACAGUCAAUCGUUGAUACAGCGGCAAGUUGGUUGUUAUACCUGAUAGGAAGUGGCAGCGAAGGGGGCAAUAAAUCUCGAAUGUUCGACACGAGUGAUGGAUCACAGUUAUCAUAUACGACAAUCGUUCGCAAAUGCCUGGCUCAACCAUCAAAGACGUUUAUUGCGGUAGCUCAAACGCUUUGUCAAAGCAAUCCUACCUUGAUGGAGCGUGUGGGACAUUUGCUUGAACUAGCAGAAUCAACAGUGAUGCUCGACAAGAAUUCAAAGCAGUCACAGGAGGCAAAAGGCGAAGCACAAUCCGAAGAAGCUGAUGAACAAAUGACAGAUUUGGAACGAUCAAUCUUGGCGAUGGAAAAGCAAUUAGACGCAUUGAAGAAAGAUGAUGCCGAAGAGAUUAAAAAGAAUUCCACAAAAGAUGAAAUUGCUUUACCGUCAGAUGAAGGUGAAAUUGCUUGGCAAUCACGUCAAAAUGCCGUUUGUGCAUUAUUGCAGGGUUGGAGUACAUACAAUCAAACAGAUUGGAAACCUAUGCCGAUCGGCUGUUUAUCUGGAGGAGGACCGAUCGCAGAACAAUUUGAGUUUGAGCUUAAUUGAUUGAAAGCUUGGACUGCACAUGCAGGGAACGCGCAUAAGACUUGACUUGGCUACUCAAUCAAUGGCACGUUCUUUCCAACGUGCGGGAAGCAUGAAUCUUAAAAGAUCAUCAGGACGCUAACGGAAAAGAACAACACUUUUCUACAGCCGUAAAAACAACAGGUAUGGCGUGUUUCAAGAAGUAUUUAGGGGCUCCUGCUUUUUUAUCUCGGCAUCUGUUUAUCGGAUGAUGAAGAAAUGUAUGUUAUGCUGGUACUAUAAAAAGGGAGAGUAUAAAUUAUAAUUGUUCAUGAUCACCAUAUAAGCCCCUUAAAACAUAAUGGUAAGCUUGAAAGAUUUAUUACCUGGUAAGACAACUUCAACCAACGAAGAUAUCUCGACCGGUCAAGUCGCGAUCACCGAUGCAUCCGGAAGGACGCUUGGUUUAGAAGAUCCAAACGAUCCACGUUUACAAGAUGAUCCAACAAUCUUUGCAACGGGCGAAAUAACUGAUCCAUC